AUGUAUUGCAUGUCGUCCCAUGGAAAACACAUAUGUAUUGCGGUUCAUGAGUUCCAUGAUUGUUGUUUCUCAUAUCUUAUUAUUCAAAGCGUCUUAGCGCAGUUGGGCUUGAUUUUUGUGUAUGCUAAUCGUCUAGGAAUGUUCUUGCAGAAGCGUUUUGAACGACAAUUUGAUUACACUGGAGAUAUUCCUAUCCCAGUCUGUUUCAAUAGUCGUAAGCCAUCAUAUUACGUACACACAAAGCAGUGCAUCCAGGAGUACGAUUUAUUCACUGGAGGCCUGAUUUCGACCAUUCCUUCUGGAGUACCUUCGAAUCGAAGUGUAGUGCAGCUGCUUUCGUCCUUCUCGAAAAAGGGACAGGAAUACGUUGUCGCUUGCCAAGAUAACAUUGCUCUCACUAUUUACGAUAUGACUCGCCACCACUAUGUGGCUACUACUGACGGAGUGGAAGAGUCUUUCUCCGGAGUGUUUGCUGCUACUCACGGAGGAAUCAACCCAUCUGGUUUUGCUUGUGGAUACAACGCUCAAGAAAUGGGAGGUUACUGCCUGACUGGUAUGAUGUCCGAGUACGACCUCUCUCAAUCCAAAAUUAAAUACGAUAUUUACGUUACUGCUGCCGCUUGCUCCUAUCGUGGCUGCACGCUAGCCGUGGGAACGAGCGACAGUCUGGUUCUGCUGUACCAGAUCGGUAAGCGCGGAUUCGGCGAUGUUCCGGAAGAUGAACAGGAGGAAGAGGACUACCGUAGUGAUCGGGUCCGGAUCGUAAUGCAUAGCCGAAGUGACGCUGGAGAAGGUUUUGGAUAUGCGUCGUGGAUUGGAGGCGCGUGA